CAUGCAGUCACGGGCACUUUGGACAUAAUUGUCAAGAAAUAUGUGGUAAAUGUGAAAACAACAAAACAUGUGAUCACAUAAAUGGAUCCUGUCACGGAUUUUGUGAACCCGGAUAUCAGGGAGAAGAAUGUCAAAAUAAAUGCAAAAACGGUUUUUACGGUACAAAUUGUACUCAUCUCUGUGGACAUUGUACAAAAAACGCAACAUGUGAUCACAUUAAUGGUUCCUGUCCUGAUGGAUACUGUGAGCCAGGAUGGAAACAUACACCUGAAAAGAGAUGUGAUGAAGAAUGUGACAACGGUACAUUUGGAUUAUAUUGUAAGCACAGUUGUAGUGGAAACUGCGCAGAUGGAUUACACUGCUCCAAAGUAAAUGGGUAUUGUCCACGAGGGUGUAAUGAUGGAUGGAUAGAGUCUUAUUGCAAUGAAACAUGCAACGACUAUUAUUAUGGAAAGAACUGUUCAGUUCCCUGUGGAAAUUGUGCAAAACACUCAAAAUGUGAUCACGUGAAUGGUUCCUGUCCAAACGGAUACUGUGAGAAAGGAUGGAAAAAUACACCUGAUAAGAGAUGCAAUAUUGCAAGCAACCAGGCGAUCAAAAGCAAAACAAACACAGUCUUUUCCCCAGCAUUCUACGGUGUUACCACCAUUCUAUUUCUAAGCAUUUUUCUCAACAUAUUUUUUAUCGUGCGAAAUGUCAGAAAAGCCGAAAAAUCUUCAGAGAAGAAAAAGAAACACCAAAAAUCAAGGAAUGUUGAAAACAGAUCCGUGAAUGAAAUGGUGGAAGAUAACGUAGGCUAUCAAGAACUUGGAGAAUUGAAUCGGCCCGCCAUUUAUGAAAAAGUGGACAGAGUGGAACACAAGGAAAUGUACCAGGAACUUGGACAACUAAGCCAACCCUCUUUGUAUGAAAGGCUUAAAACAGAUACGUGAAUUUGGGUCAUAGAUUUACUCUUUGUUUUAUCUUAGAAUUAAGGUUUCAUUUCCAUUUAUUUUAAGCUCUGUUUUCAAUAUUGACAUAAGUAAUAGAAUAUGGAAUAAUAACGUGUCACUUGA